AUGAACGAAAUUAUUCCGAUCAGUUCGCUUUACGUCGACGAGUACGUUCCUGACGAACUAUAUACACUUGUUCGAAAUAACUUAGUAGAUCAACUUGAUGCUCAUCUGUACAGUCUUAGCAACCCGGUUCAAUACUUGACUGCUCUAAGUUGGCAUGGUGAUGAAAAGUUAAGUUUAUUAAUGGUAGCUGCUCUUAAUGGAUACGAUGAAAUAGUGCGAAUUUUGCUCGCUCAUUGUCAACCUCAGCAUCAGGUGGAGUUAGAAGGAAAAGUAGCUAUCUCCGAAGGAAAUUUUAUCGGUAACAUGACAGCAAUUCAGUGUGCUUGUUAUCGAUCACAUUUCACUGUAGCUAAAACUUUGAUUGACAUCGGCAGAGCUGAUGUAAAUCGUGAUAAUGACAAAUGGCUAUAUUACCCAUUACUCAUUCAGGCUAGUGCAGAAAAUCGUCUUGAUAUAGUUCGUUUUCUCAUUGAAAAUGGUUAUUCUGACGUUAAUGAGACUCAGUCCAAUGACUCGGACCGAUGUACCGCUCUAAUAUGGGCUGCUGUCAGAGGUUAUACAACUAUAAUCGAAUAUUUACUCGAAAAGGGCGCUGAUGUCAACUACUCUUGUCAAAGCAACGAUAUGCUUGCAUCAACACCAAUUACAUGUGCUGUUCUUCGAGGUAAUAUCAAUGCGGUACAAUUGCUAUGCGAUGCAGGCGCAGAUACAAGCGGCGAGUUUACUAACGGUGCAUCGCUUCUCAUGACUGCUGUGAAACACAAUUAUUUGGACGUAAUCGAUUUUCUAAUCAAGCGAUCAAUAGCUACGAUCGAUGAUCUCGAACUUACUGUUUGUUCACUAGUUGAUGUCAAUGCGCCAAUUGAGCACUUGCGUAAAGCGUCAAAGCUCUUCGCUCUUGCUAUGGAAUAUCGUGCAUUCAGUCAGACUCCAAAAGUUUGUAUACAGCCAGUUGUUGCCUACGAGUAUUAUCAAGAAUGCCAAACAUCCGAAGAACUUAAUUCUAUUAAAGAUGAUCGUGAUCGAAUGUGGAUCGAAACAUUACUCAUCCGAGAGCGUUUUCAUGCCCAGAACAAAAACACAAAUGAUGAAAAAUCUUGGGAUGUGGUGGGCAUGGAUACAGAUGCGGAUUAA